AUGGUAGACGUGGAGAGGGAACCAGGCGGCGAGGUGCGGCAGGACGGGGUGCGGCAGGACCCGACGACGCGGCAGGCCCAGGCGCGGCGGAACGAUGUGCAGCAAGACGAGGCAUGGGCAGACGAGGCAUGGGCAGACGAGGCAUGGGAGCGGCAUGCGGUGUGGGUAUUCCAGGUCCUAGACGCCAACACCAAAGGCCGGGUCUCGUUAGGCGAGCUGGACGCGGCGUUAGCUCCUCACGCCGCUGCCCUGCCCGAGGCAGCGCUGGCCAAGGCUGGCGAGGUCGGAGUCGUCUACGGCGACGAUGUGGAGCUGGAUCUGGGCGGCUUUGUGGCGGUGAUGCGGGCGGCGCGCAAAGUCGAUGCCGACAUUGUUGCCUUUCUGUACAACGUCUCGCGUGCGGCGCUUGAGCCGUGGGAUGAGCAGCCGUGGUUCCACCAGAACCAUCCACAUCUGCCGCCGCGGCCGCUGCGGCACGGCGGCACAGUAUCCGACGAAACACGCCGCGAUGUUGAGCGGCGGAAGCGGACGUGGACUGCCAUUGCGUCAUCGCUGCUCGCCGGUGGCUGUGCGGGCGCUAUGGCCAAGUCGGCUGUUGCGCCGCUGGACCGGACCAAGAUCCUGUUUCAGGUCAACCAUCCACGCUUUGCCGGUUCCCCGGGCGUGUUGGCCACGCUCAAGCAAAUUGUGCGGCUGGAGGGCUUGCGUGGGUUGUACAAAGGCAACGGAGCGCAAAUGGUGCGCAUUUUCCCUUAUGCUGCAGUCCAGUUCAUGUCGUACGAGCAGUACAAGCGUAUUCUGCUCGGCGGCGAUGACUCGCCGCUGACCGGCUCGACGCCUCCGCUGGUCAAGCUUGCUGCUGGCGCGCUGGCCGGCAUGUCCUCGGUGGUGGCAACAUAUCCACUGGAUCUAGUUCGGGCGCGGCUCGCGUCGCAGGUUGAGGUCCAUGCCUACACCUCGAUUCGCGAGUGCCUGUUCAAGACUGCGCAGAGCGAGGGCAUUCGUGGCCUGUACAAAGGCCUUUCGCCAACGCUAGUGGGCAUUGUGCCUUACGCCGGCCUCUCGUUCUUUACCUUUGACACGCUCAAGGAGAAGGCACGCGAGCUACUUCCGGCUGGGCAGCCGCUCCCGGUGGUAGCCUCGCUCGCGUGUGGCGCGAUAGCCGGACUCGUCUCGCAGACCGUCACGUAUCCGAUCGACUCGCUUCGCCGGCGGGCCCAGCUGAUGGGCUCACCGGUCUUUGCCUCGCAGUCGGAAGCCUUCUCUUCUCGAACCAAGCACAUGUCAGCAACCAUGCUCCUCUCGCACCUCAUCAAGAAGGAAGGCCCGCUCUCGCUCUUCCGCGGCCUCUCCAUCAAUUACAUGCGUGUCGUCCCGUCGGUCGCCAUCUCGUUCACGACCUUUGAGUAUCUCAAGGCGCGUCUGCCGACUGAUGCGCGGUAGAUUCACUGUAAACGCGAGGACGUC